UUUCGACACGAUUGAAGGUCCACGAAACUAUGUUUUCUAUAAUGCAUUUUGAAAUAUUGUUUUGAUUUGUGGAUUUGGAAAUAUCGCAAAAGGAGAAAUGAAGUUUUGGGAUGAGGAGACGAAAAAGGAAAUUAUUUCGAUCGAAACACUUUUCGAUAGGGCUCCAGAUGGUCAACCAAAAAGUAUGAGCGAAUCAAGUCGAAACGUGAUGGACGAGAUAUCAAUCAACCAGCUCGGGAUGAAACGAGUCGAAUUGUCAGAUUCUCUUCGUCACCCUCUUCCUGAUCGUCAUCUUCGGAAGAUGAGUUCUGCGUGUCCACUUCGUCAGCCUCAUACGUGAAGCCCAUCGUCGAAGGUGCAUUGAAUGGUUGAUGUGGAGCUGGAAGAGGGAUGUUUUGGAAUGGCUCCAUGUCCAUAUCAUCACGCUUACACCACUUUUCUGGCCAGGACAAGUACAAAGGAAACGUGUCCAGCAAGCUCCACAGGAACAGUGACAGUUCUCGUCCUUGGCACAAGAGCAUCCCAAGCUGCGUGCCAACUUUCGCUGAACAUCGACGUCUGGAAAGGAGCUCCACGACGAAAGCAACCAGCCCACAACUUAUCAUAAUCUACAGAAACGAUGGACAAUGAUGAGAUCCAGUCAUUUUCCUUGAUGGGCCCACGAGCAUCUUCUUGGCAGUCGAGUUGUAGUGACCUUCAUGACGGCAAAUACGAUACACAGCGAGUCGACUCGACAUGUCCUCGCUAGAUCGAACUCGGAAGCUGGUGCAAGAAUCUCGCUCUCGCACACUCAGCCAGUUCUGAACAAUCAUCGACGCCAGGAUGCUGCUUUCUCCGCCAACCAACUGCCGUUUUUUUUGUUUUCUCUAUUUCCCGAAGGUUUCCAGCUCAUCUUGGGAAGAAGAUGGAUUCGACGCCAGGACCCUCCUCUCCACUCCGACCGACUCUUCUGGUUUUUCCCUGUACGUUUUCUCUGUAUUGUUCUGUUUUUCAAAUCUUCUUUGAAACUUUAAAAAAAAACAGAAGAUCAUUAAAUAAAUUUUAUUAAAGAACAUU